CAUACAAAUACAAUACAAUCUAGUGACUUGUACUUUUGCGUCUCAAAAGCCAAGCCAAGCCAAGCCAAGCCAAGCCAAGAUUCAUUAUUCGCAUUGGUAAGUGCCCGGCCGGCCGGACUCCAAAGUCCAAACACUCCAUCUCUGUUUUUCUCUCUCUCACACUCUCUAGAUUCCAUGGAGAAUCCGGCGGCGACUUUGACCGAUGAUGUCCCUCCUCCUCCUCAUCCCCACGUACUGAUUUUCCCUCUACCCCUUCAAGGCCCUGUCAACUCCAUGCUCAAACUCGCCGAAAUCCUCUCCCUCCGCCACAUCCGCGUCACCUUCCUCAACACCCUCUACGUACACCGCCGCCUCCUCCGCUUCACCGACGUCCAACCCCGUUUCGCCAAGUACCCCCUCUUCCGCUUCGCCACCGUUCCCGACGGCAUGCCGGAGGACAGCCCCAGGACCGCAGAUCAAAUCCUGGAACUCAUCCAGAGCAUCGAGGAAACCACCAGCCCUCUUUUCCGGAACAUGGUUCUCGCCGCCGGCGCUUCGGAUCACCCGGUGACUUGUCUCGUGGUUGACGGCAUAUUUUCGUUCGCCGUUGACGUGGCCGAGGAUGCCGGCGUGCAGCUUCUGUAUUUCGAUACCAUUAGCCCUUGUGGGCUUUGGAGUUAUAUGUGUGUCCCCAAGCUCAUUGAGGCUGGAGAGCUUCCAUUUCAAGGAAGUGAUUUGGACUCCCCCAUUAGGAGUGCGCCGGGAUUCAACGGCAUCAUACGCCGGCGAGAUCUGCCAAACUUCUGUCGAGCCGGAGACAUCCAUGAUCCCACCAUCCAACUCGUUCUCAAGGAGGACCGACAUCUCCCCAGAGCCCAAGGCCUCAUCUUCAACACUUUUGACUACCUCGAUGGGCCCAUCAUCUCUCAGUUUCGGGCCGCGUGUCCCAACAUCUACGCUGUCGGCCCGCUCCAUGCUCACCUAAAGGCUCGACUGCACCACUCCUCGACAUCCGUCAGCAACAGCUUGUGGGAGGAGGACAUGAGUUGCAUGGAUUGGCUCGACCGCCAACCGGAGCGAUCUGUCGUCUACGUGAGCAUCGGAAGCUUAGCCAUUAUCAACGGAGACCAGCUGAUGGAACUCUGGUACGGGCUGGUCAAUAGCGGGUCACGAUUCCUCUGGGUGCAAAGGCCUGGGUCUGUGACCUCAUGCGGUUCGGGGUCAUGCACCGAGGAUUUGGUAGCGGGGACGAAAGAGAAGGGUUGCAUCGUGCAGUGGGCCCCACAAGAGCGGGUGCUGGGCCACCCGUCUGUGGGCGGAUUUCUCACCCACAGCGGGUGGAAUUCGACGCUGGAGAGCAUAGUUGAGGGAGUGCCCAUGAUGUGCUGGCCCUAUUUUGUGGACCAGCAGGUGAACAGCAGAUUCGUACAGGAGGUGUGGCAGUUAGGGGUGGACAUGAAGGACGUGUAUGACAGGGGAAGCAUUGAAAGGAUGAUUCGGGAGGUUAUGGAGGAUAGGAAAGAGGAGUUCUUGAACAGGGCAAGUGAAAUGGCCGCAAUGGCCCGCCAAAGUGUGGAACAAAUUGGCACUUCGUACCGAGAUAUGGACCGUCUCAUUGAGGAUAUUAGGCUAAUGACAAGGAGAUGAGGAUUAUUGUUGGCUCCUCAUUGCAUUAUAUUCUUUAAAAAAAUCCAAAAUGUGUUUCGUUGCCUACACUUUCUAUUAUUAAGGAAAUUACCUUCAAUGGGAGUAAACAUUUAAAAAGUGUAAUAAUAGGAGUUCUUAAGUUUAUUUCCUCAAAUAGGAGCUCAUGUCUGCCCCUACCUCCAAAUAUAUUUUUUCUCCUUAAAUGUGCUUGCUUUAUACAGAAUCUUUGUCACAUAACUACUCGUUUGUAACCGUUUCUUCC